UCAGCCUUUUUUAUUAGACUUCCUUGUCCUCUUUUCUUACUCGUUGCUUGUCUUUUCGGCUCUGUGCAAUAUAUCUUGACAUUCUGUGAGAUAAGGCAUGCUUAUGGGUAACUCAGAAAACACUUUAAGUGACUAUGACUCGACAUGGGAAGAUGAAGAUGUGUGUGAGGACACUAAAGAGUUCUCUAAACAGUGGCCAUGGCGUGAAAAAAGAAACCUACAUGCUGCAGAAGACAUGCGAAACUACAGACGCGAGUGUCGGAGCCAACUUGAUGAUGUGAAAGGUCAAGAUGUAGACAAUGAUGAAGACUUGCCAAAUCUGUGGUUUUACCAAAAUAAGAUCCCUUUCGACGCUGAUGGCGUGUGCAUUGAGGAUUUUCACAUGUGCUGGUUUGGUGAUUACAAGAAGUUGGAACAUGUGCACUCCUACAUUCAAUGGCUAUUUCCGACUCAGGAGAAUGGAAUGAAUGCAUCAUCUGUGCAAAACCUGUCGCAUGUGCUUAACCCAAAAGCAAUCAAGCUGUUCCAUAGGGAUGAGGUGAUGAAGAAAAGAUUGUUGACAUCUUACAAGCUCAUGUUGGAUUUCUACGGCAUAGAACUUGUCAGCGAGGAAACCGGAGAGGUGAGACGUUCAGUAAACUGGAAAGAGCGAUUUGAAAACCUAAACAGAAACACACACAACAAUCUUCGCAUUACCCGCAUUUUGAAGUGUCUGGGAUUACUGGGGUUCCAUCACUAUCAAGCACCACUGGUUCACUUCUUCCUUGUGGAGACUCUGGUGAAUGGUACACUUCCCCAAGUAAAACAGAGCGUUCUGGACUACUUUAUGUUCGCAGUAGUGGACAAGUCUAAAAGAAAAGAGUUGAUCAAAUUUGCCUUGUGUUAUUUCAAGCCAAAAGAGAAAUUUGUGUGGUGUCCUACGAGGAUUCGAAUUCAUUUUUUGAAGGAGGUUGAGCGUGCAGAGAAACAAACCGAGCACUAUUAAAAAUGAAGUGGAACACAGGCUAGGGAUUGAGGGAACGGCAAGUAAUUCAACUGUUCAGAAGGUUUAGAAUGUAUACAACAGAGAUGAACUUGAAACAUACUAUAGAAAAAUCCACAGAUAAGAACAGUAGUAAAGAUACUCACAGGCCAGUGCAUCAAAAUGGUAGCUUCCAACAAACCUUUUAAUUUACUGUCAGUCUAAAUGUGGUCACACAUCAUGCUGAAAAUGUACAAUAAUUAUCAAACUACCAGUGAAAACAGCCAGCAGAUUCCAACUGGAGGGAAUGAGCACCGAAAGCAAGAGGAUGAAAUGCAAAAUCACCCAAAAAAAAAAAAAAAAAAUACAA